AUGGACCAUAGAUCACCUGAUGAAGAAUUUUUUUUAGUAUUAAUUUCUCAUUAUUUAUUAGGAGAAAGUUUUAAAAUUCUUGUUGAUGGAAAUUUAAUUAAAGAAGUUACUGAAAAUGAAUCAUUAUUAACUUGUGAAAAUGGAUCAGUUCAAUUUGUUAUUGUUAAUGAAAAAAAGAAAAAAAGAAAAUUAAAUGAUACAUCAGGAAAUUGGAAACAAAAUGGUGAAGAGAAACAAUUGAAAACCAAUUUUCCAACAGAUUACAAUUAUUUACUUAUUGAAAAUAAUGAAAAACACAAUGAAAAUAUAAGAAACCUUUUCCAAUGUGUUUGGAAUUCAAAAGUAACAAAAAGAACUUUAACACUUCAAAAAAAUGGUCGUAAUUUUAAAUUAUGGGAAUUUUCAAUUCAAUUAGAUCCAAACUCAAAAUGUGGUACUGAACUUUUAUUUCGACAUUAUUUAAAAGAUGAUGAAUCCAUUUUAACCUCAAUUAAAUAUAGAAUGUGUUCAAUGGUAAUUGAAUUAGUUCCAAGUUCAAUUAAAACAUUAUAUAAUAAUUUCCAACCAAUAAGAAUUAGAAAUUACAAUGAUUUCAUAAAUUUAUACUUAAAAUUUAUUGAUUUAAAUCCCGGUUAUAUAAAUCAUUUUGACAAUCAAAAUAUUAACCAAAAUAAUAAUAAUAAUAAUUAUAAAAUAGAUAUAAAUCAUAAUAUAAUAACUACUUCUCAAAUUUAUAAUAUAGUUGUACCAAUUUUCAAUAUCGAUAGUAAUACCAAUUGUCAGUCUUUACAACUCAUUUCAUCAUCUGCAAAUACUUCUCCUUCAAACUCUUUAAAUUCUUCAACUACUAACUCUCCAAAUUUUUCAAGUCAAUUUUUAAUAAAUAAUAAUUAUAAUAAUAAUAAUAAUAAUAAUAAUAAUAAUAAUAAUAAUAAUAAUAAUAAUAAUAAUAAUAAUAAUAAUAAUAAUAAUAAUAAUAAUAAUAAAAAUAAUAAUAAUAAUAAUAAUAAUAAUAAUAAUAAUAAUAAUAAUAAUUAUAAUAAUAAUAAUAAUAAUAAUAAUAAUUUCAAUAGUAAUAAUUUGAAUAAUAAUUAUAAUUAUAAUUAUUAUAAUAGUUCAAUGUAUACGGCUUUAGUAUCAAUUGCAAAAAAAAAAAGAAUUAAGUUGGUGGAGAAUGAAUAUAGAACUAAAGGUAAUGUUUUUCAAUUAAAUAGUUCACCAACAACCAAAAAUGUACAAAAUUAUAAUUCAAAAUUUAAUAUUAAUUAUUUGGAAUAA